AUGGCAGCAGCAUCCGAAGAAGAAGAGGGGUUCGAGAAAUGCAAGUCGGCCCAAGAAGAAAUUAAUAAGGCUGAAGGGACAACGCCAAAGCGCAUCAUGCGGAGUAAGAGAAGAGCUACCACUGAAGGUCUGGAAGUACCUUUCACGUCGAAUUCAAUCCUACCCAAACGAUCUUUUUCAGCGGACGCUGUGACAUUCCAUUCCUCUGAGCGCAUCAACACGGUCAAUAAUUUCGACGAUGAUGACGGCGACGAUGGGGAGAUUCGGUUGGGUAUUCAAAAGAAUGCUGGUGUCAAAUUGCAGCUGCAGCUGACUGGGGAUGAUAAUGGUGCCACACUGGUCAUAAAGGGAGAUGCUACCAGAAAAGGUGAUGUUGACAAAUCCAAAUCCAAAAACAAAAUUACUUUGGACGAUUUAUUACGCAGCAAUCAUGUCAAUCGACGCCGACGUCGUCAACGCUUGGCGGCGCGGGGGACACGAGACCGCUGGGAGUUACGCAAGUCUCUGAGCUAUGGUCAAAUGGAAGAUUUGGCCGGGACGUUUCACAGUAUCGAUAUUGAGGAUCUGAAGCGCAGUCUGCACGGAGUGCAAGAGAGAAGACGCAACAAUGAUAUCAAUUCCAGUGCCGCGUCUCAGCUAUCCAUUUCGUCUUUUGAAGAGGAUAAUCUACCCACCAGAUCGGAUCAUGACAACCAUGAUGAGGACGUUGCUCCUCGACCCAGUCUGAGUUCCUCUGAACUCGCACAGAAAUUAGCCAACAUGUUUGAAGAUGCUCUUCUACGACAUGCAGCCGGGAACAAGGGGGGAGAAUUGCAACCAACACCGCCAUCAGCAACAACGCACCACACCAAAACACUCAUUCCUCAAGUGCGAGAAUUAAUCAUGAAGUUAUCCGUCCAAGAUAUGGUCCAAGUUGUGGGACACUUGGACCAAUCACAAAACAGUCAGUCACCCGUUCGAUGGAAUCUUCUGCAAGAUAUCAUUGAUCCGGAGCACCAAGUGGACUGGGAUGGAACACUGUUUACUACAGCACCAGUCCUAUCCAAAGAACAGAGCAUUCGAGGCAAAAAAAUGGAUCAUCUCCACCAAAGCGCCAGAAGUUUAAGAAGCAUUCGAUCCUCCAGUCGCAGCCACAAGAGAAUAUUACCUGGAGAAAGCUCCGGUACUCUCCUGGGAAAUCACAGCAAAACUCAGUUUGACAGCUUUCAUCAACAGAGUUGGCGGAGUUUCCGAAGCAUCAAUAGCAAAAAUGGCCUCCACCAGAGUUUUCGCAGCAAGGCUUCCUCUGAGCAGCAUACUGACGAUGUGAGCGACGACAGCUGGAUUUAUGAAGAAGAGGAGGAAGAAAGCGGGGAAUGCUCCUCCUCGUCUUCCUAUUUACGAAGCGAUGAUGGCUAUGGGGAAUAUCCGCAGGAGGAUGUCGACGACAAUGCCAGUGAAAUGUCGGGGUUCUCCCUGGAGGCCUGGACGGAACACUGUGAUUCCUCUAUUACUUUUUUAGACUUUUGGAAUUCGUACGAGACACUCGAGGAAUCCUUUGUCACCGAGUAUGGCGAGGAUGAAGUAGAAAUUGAGGUCGCGACAGAAUGUGGGGACGACGAGGAAUACGAGGAAAUUGUCGAAGAAACCUCCGUCAUGGAGUCGGUCCUGUUGGACGAGGAAGAAAUUGAAGAAGAGGCCUUUCAAGAAUCGUGCCUUCUAGUAGAUGAGGAGGUUGAAUCCGAGGAGGAAGACAUUCUGCCGCCUGCACCAGCAUGGGAAAUCAAGAUGGCUGACGAGCAGUUAACCAGUUCUGCGGGGGAAAGUGAAAAAUCUUUGGAGAGGGAUGACGAGGCAACAGCAUCAGAUUCACAAGAGAAUGCUGAGUCAGAAAGGGAGGAAAUUCUCCUGCGUGAACUGGAUGCAGCAAUGAGUGAGGAGCAGCAGUCAACCGAGUCGCAAAGCACUCCCAAGGAAGAAGAAAGUGUCGAAGCCUACAACGUGGUAGAUGAGAUGGCAACAUCAGAUUCAGUUGAGGAGCUUGAGUCAGAUGAGCAAGAAAUUCACCCACGUGAACCAGAUGUGGAAACAACAGCUUCUGAAGAGCCAACAAUCCAACUGGAAACUACCCCUCCAGAAGAAGAAAGGGACGAAUCUGCCGAUGGGGCAGAUGAGAUAGCAACACCCAAUUCACAAGAUGAGUUUGAGCCCGAAAGAGAAGAGAUUCUUCGGCGUGAACUAGAAUUGGACUCCACAAUGCCCGACAAGCAGUCGCUCGAGUCGAUCGGGUCGCAAAGCACCCUUGAAGAAGAAGAACAUGACAAAUCUGCCUUUGGGGUAGAAUCACAAGAGGAGGUCGAGUCAGAGGAGCAAGAAAGUCUCCUACUUGAACCAGAGUUGCAGGCAACAAGGCCUGAGGAACAGACAAUCAUGUCAGAAAGCACCCAUGUUGAAGAAGAAAUUGAUGAAGCCAAUAACAUGGUAGAUGAGACAACAACAGCAGAGACGCUUGAGUUUGAGGAAGAAAAAAUGCAUCCACCUCAACCAGAUUUGCGCACAACUUUGGAAGAUAAGCCAAUAAAACUGGAAAAUACCCCUUCAGAGGAAGAAAGCGAUAAAGUUGUUGGCAGCGAAGAUUCACAAGAGGAGUUAGAGCCAGAGAAGUGCCAGUCAGAGGAGCAAGAAAUUUUCUCACCUGAACCGGAGUUGCAAACAACAAAGGCAGACUGGGUUGAUGAGACAACAACACUUGAGGAGGGUGUUGAGUUGCAGGAAGAAAACAUGCACCCACCUCAACCAGAGUUGGACACAACAAUGGCUGAGGACCAUACAGUCAUUCUGGAGAACACUGUUGUGGGAGAAGAAAGCUUCAAGGUUGUCGACGGAGCCAAUUCAAAAGAGGAGCUCAAGUCAGAGAAGUUCCCGUCAGAGGAGCAAGAAAUUCUGCCGCUUGAACCAGAGUUGCACACAACAAUUGCUGAGGACAACAAUGACUGCGUUGAUGAGACAACAACACUUGAGGAGGUAUUUGACAGAGCCAUUGGCUUGGUUGAUGAGACAACUAUGCCAGAGGAGGUUGAGUUGGAGGAGGUCCAUCCACCGAAACCAGCGCUGGAAUUAACAAUGGAUGACAUGCAGUCAGUCAAACUGGGUAGCAGAGAAAAACAUGACAAAUAUGUAGACAGAGCAGAUGAGGUGACAGCAUCAAAUUCGCCAGUGAAAGUGGAGUCAGCGGAGGCAGAAACUCGCCAACCUCAACCAGGGUGGGAAUCAAGAAUUGCCAAGAAGAAAUCGACCAAACCAGAAAAUAUCGCAGCUGGCGAUGGAAACGACAAAGCUAGACAAUUGUCAAAAGAGAAAAGAGCAGAGGCAGGUGUGUCAGAAAACACCCCUGCAGCAGAAGAAAGUGACAAACCUGCAGGCGGAGCAGAUGAGAUGACAGCGCCAAAUUCACAAGUGGAAGUGGAAUUGGAAGCACAAGGAAUUGUUAACCCGGAAGAAGCACCGGAAACAACAAUUGCCGACAAGCAAUCCAUCAGCCUGGAAAACAUCGUUGCAGAAGAUGCAUUGCCGUUGUCACUCGAAUUGGAACGAGCAAAGCAGGCGCUGGAAGGAGAACGAAUGGCACACGAUGAAACAAAAAAUCGUUUGGUGGAAGAACGAGCCAAAAAGAAUCAACUAUUGGAAGAACUACAACGACUCGAAAGUAACCUGGGAAAAGAAGUUAAUGGCGAAUCUGUUGCCAGGGUAGAUGCACAAGAGGAGGUGAAUCCAGAAGGAACUCUCCCGCUUGAACCAGAAUUGUUACUACAAAUGGCUCACGAACGGGCAAUCGAACCUGAUAGCACCCCAGCAGAAGAAAGCAACAAAUCUGUAGAUUCUCUCUUUGAGUUGACAAGUGCACAGUCGAUCAAGUCUGAAAACACUCAUGCAGUAGAACAGAGUGACCAAUCGGUGGACAGGGCGGAUGAGAUAACAACGCCAGAUUCACACGAGGAUGCUGCUUUGAAGGCGAAAGAUAUUCUAAAUAAGCCUUACCCCGCACUGGAAGCAACAAUGGCUGACGGGCAGUCGAAAGCGGCUGCUGAGGAGUCAAGCAGGUGGGAGAAUACUGCCGCAGAAGAAAAAAGCAACAAAUCUGUAGACUGGGAAAACAGCACAACAAAUCUGUCAUUGCCACUACCGUUGGCUUCUCCAAUCGUUGAGGAACCUGCACCUUGCAAUAGGGCGGUGGAUGAUGUCUCUCAAGAGGACGAGACUGUCUCUCAGGGGUCUGACAGUGCAACAUUGCUCAGGAAGACUGAGUUGCAAGGGGAUCCAGCCGCUCCUCCAGAUGAUUUGGGGGUUGUGAAGAAUGCACCUCCUACUACGGGAAGUGUGGCAACAAGCAACUCGGACGGGGCACUGGAAGUUUCUCCGACAGUUGUGGAGAAUGAACCCGUGGACGGUUCACUAAAUGUGCCCAUUCUUGUGUCUAUUGGGGUACCAACUGUUGAGAAUGUCGAGAAUGCAGCUUCCAUGAGUACCUCAAAUAGAGCAAGCACUGGUUCUCCUAAGGUUGUUGAGAUUGUGGAGACUGGUAGGUCGGCAAAGACAGACCCCAACGAAGAUCCCAAAGUCACGCCGAUAGUUGUGAAGGUUGCUCCUUCCCUCGGAACAGCAUCGAAGAAAAGGAAACAGGGGAGACCAAAAGUUUCUCCGAAAGUUGUGGAGAUUAUACAGUCUGAAAUUACGCCAAAUGCAUCGACAACAAAAGAGGCACCACGAAAAGCUUCGCCAAGGGUUGUCGAGAUUGUGCAUGUUGCCCCUUCCGACAGCAAGACUGGGUCAAAAUCGAGCUCAAAAGUGGUUUCUCCAAAGGAAGACAAGGUUGUUCCGAUUUUUCCAGUCAAUUGGAAAAGGUCAAAACCAGCAAAGAAGGGCACCAAGAAAAGGCCAGCAAAAAAAUUUGCUCCCAAAAUUGUGGAGAUUGUCGAGAUUGCACCUUCCUCCAAUGGGGAACCUAAAAGUGAGCCCAAGACAGUGGUCUCGCAAGGGGUGCCAAAAGUUGUUACUCCGAAAGUUGUGGAGAUUGCACCUUCCCAGGGGAUGUCGACGCGGCUGAAGGGCAUGGCCUCCACAGGGGGCUCGUCAGAGGAUGGAGCGAAUGCGGUAGUUCCUCCCCGCCCGCGGCCGAGAAAGGUUUCCUCGUUGGUCAGGCUAUUCGAACAACCCAAAUGA